GCUAGCUUGGCCCUUGCAUUUGGAUGAUCUCAUUUCCUAUAAGUAGGAGAGGGAGCCUCCUCCCACUCGCAGCAACACAUUAUUAUUAGUCUUCUCUAGCUAGUAUCUCACUCCUUGCUUGCAUCACACCCCGUGCAUUCAUAUACUAGAGCCCAAGCCUAGCGUAGGUCGCUGGUGGCCAGAGAGACCAAAUAAUAAAAAGCUAGCAGCAGGCAAGCAGCCAGACGAUCGAAACGACAUCACAUCAUCGAUCAUCCCCCAUCGAUUUCCAACCUCCAGCAGUCUGUGCCCCAUCUACCGAUCGAUCCAUCCAUCCCUCAAGGAUCGGACAUGGAAGACGGCCGGCUGAUGAGCCCCGAGCGGCAGGCGGCGGCGGAGCCUGUGCGGUCGCGGUGGACGCCCAAGCCGGAGCAGAUACUCAUCCUCGAGUCCAUCUUCAACAGCGGGAUGGUGAACCCGCCCAAGGACGAGACCGUCCGCAUCCGCAAGCUGCUCGAGCGCUUCGGCGCCGUCGGCGACGCCAACGUCUUCUACUGGUUCCAGAACCGCCGCUCCCGCUCGCGCCGGCGCCAGCGCCAGCUGCAGCUGCAGGCGCAGGCGCAGGCGCAGGCGCAGGCGGCAGGCUCCUCGUCCUCGUCGGGAUCGCCGCCCCCCACGAGCGCCGCUGGCCUCGCGCCGGCCUCGUCGUUCGCGCACGGCGCAGCGUACGGCUCGUCGUCCGCCUCCGCGUCGUGGCAGGGGAUGAUGGGGGACCUGGACUGCGGGGGCGGUGACGACCUGUUCGCCAUAUCGCGGCAGAUGGGCUAUGCGGACGGCGGUGGCUCCGGCUCGGCCAGAGCCGGCAGCAGCAGCUUGCGGCAGCAGCAGCUUUACUACUCGUGCCAGUCUGCAGGGAGCUUGACGACGAUGUCGGUGUUCAUCAAUGGCGUGGCGACGGAGGUUCCCCGGGGCCCGAUCGACUUGCGGUCCAUGUUCGGGCAGGACGUGAUGCUGGUCCACUCCACCAGCGGCAUCCUCCCCGUCAACGAGUAUGGAAUCCUCAUGCAGAGUCUGCAGAUGGGCGAGAGCUACUUCUUGGUCACGAGGGGCUAGCGCUAGCGCUACUACUACUGACGCAUGCACAUUCUUGGAUGCUAUAUAUCCGGAGAUACUAGAUGCAUGCAUGCAAGCAUACUGCGCAAGUUAAGUGCUGCCGCCAGUGAUGAUCCGCUAGACGAUCAGGAUCAGGAGGGUGCAAGCUACCUAAGUAUACCUAGGAUGAUAUGAGCUACCAUCCAGCUGUUGACAUGGAACCGAUAAUCCAGACAUAUGUACGAGCUAGCUAGUGUGAUGGAAGGCGAUCGAGGAAUUAAUAUUAAUUCAGGCAUGCAUGAAUAUAAUGAUACGGGCAGUACUACUCUAUUACUAUAAUAUAUACGCAUGCACAUUUCCAUCCGUGCAUCUAGCAUAUAUAUACUCCUGUAACCAAUCAUACUAUAUACACUAUGAGGUCGUCAUUGCAAACAACAUUUAGGGGAUC